GUGAAGCUAGUUCCGGGAUCUGGAACUACGUUUUCAGAGAGGAAAAGGAAAACGGUAGGGGCGUAAGGAUACCAUGGAGCUACACGGCUCCCGAGUCCUGUAGCAGGUGCACAACGUAACCAAAUCAUCUCUACGAGGCGAGUUAUCUCAGGACAUGGUCAUUUCCAUUUUCGACGACAAAAGGCACUUCUACCGUAAACCGUGCCCUUGCGCUUCCACCGGGAUAACGCUACGAGUGGAUGCCAGCUGAUGUGUUUCUGGGUCGCUCACACAGGCUUAAACACACCGUCAGAAUGUCCGGCACCUACACACCCGCCCCGGGUGGACCCUUUUCUGCUCUCACCCCUAGUAUGUGGCCGCAGGAUAUUUUGGCCAAAUAUCAUCAAAAAGACUCUGCAGGUCAGCCUGAACUCCAGUACGAUGAGUUUGGCUUCAGAAUAGACUCUGAAGACUGUGACAAGCCCAAGUCCUGGUUGGGUACGGAUGGCUCCCCUCAGCAUGAAGACCCUCAGCAACGACUGCGCUGGCAGGCCCACCUGGAGUUCACCCACAACCACACGGUGGGCGACCUGACCUGGGAUCUGAUCGAUCCUGUUCUUCCACGCUCCGAUCGUCUGCGCUCGCUGGUGCUCGGUGGCAUUCCUCACAGCAUGAGGCCACAGUUGUGGAUGCGUCUGUCUGGAGCUCUGCAGAAGAAGAGGACCUCAGAGAUCUCCUACAAAGAAAUAGUCAAGAACAGCUCUAAUGAUGACACAUCUACCUCUAAACAGAUAGAGAAGGACCUGUUGCGGACCAUGCCAACCAACGCGUGCUUCUGUAGUCUGACCAGCGUCGGGGUGCCGAGGCUGAGACGGGUACUGAGAGGCCUGGCCUGGCUCUACCCAGAUAUCGGGUACUGCCAGGGCACCGGCAUGGUUAUUUCCUGCCUGCUGCUCUUUCUGGAAGAGGAGGAUGCUCUGUGGAUGAUGUGUGCUCUGAUCGAAGACCUCCUUCCUCCAUCCUACUUCUCCUCCACGCUGCUGGGGGUCCAAACAGACCAGAGGGUUCUUCGGCAGCUUAUUGUUCAGUACCUGCCAGCCCUGGACCGCCUUCUCCAGGAUCACGACAUCGAGCUGUCUCUGAUAACGCUGCACUGGUUCCUGACGUCCUUUGCCAGUGUGGUGGACAUCCGGCUGCUCCUGCGGAUCUGGGAUCUGCUCUUUUAUCAAGGCUCGGUGAUGCUCUUUCAGAUCACACUGGGCAUGUUCAAGAUUAAGGAGGAGGAGCUUGUAUCUUCAGAGAACUCUGCAUCCAUCUUUAACACUCUGUCAGACUUGCCAAGCCAGCUGAGGGACGGGCCGGCAGUUCUGGGCGAGGCCAUGAGGCUGGCAGGAAGCCUUUCCCAGGAAACCCUGGAAGCUCACAGACACAAACACCUAGCUUACAUUCUUAAUGAACAGGCGCAGCUCAACAAUGGAAGCAACGCUACACUCAGCACCAACCUCAACAAGGUGGUGAGGAGGCAGGCUCUGCGCAGGAAGUCUACUCUGACUUCUCUGCUGUUUGGGGAGGAUGAAGCAGAGGCUCUGAAAUCUAAAAACAUUAAGCAGACGGAGUUGGUGGCGGCCCUGCGAGAGGCUAUAGCUCGUACUGCCGAGCACUUCCACUGUCUGGAUGCUCAUCAUUCCAACACCGACUUGACGCCAGAUUAUUCCAUGGAGAGCCACCAGCGGGAUCAUGAAAACUUCCUCGUGGUUUCUCGUAACCGACGGAGACGAGCCAAGGCUCUGUUGGACUUUGAGCGUCACGACGAUGACGAAUUGGGUUUCAGAAAGAAUGACAUCAUCACUAUUGUCUCACAAAAGGAUGAACACUGUUGGGUUGGGGAGCUCAAUGGCCUUAGAGGUUGGUUCCCAGCAAAGUUUGUGGAGAUUCUAGAUGAAAGGAGCAAGGAGUACUCAUUAGCAGGUGAUGACUCUGUGACGGAGGCAGUGACUGACCUGGUCAGGGGGACUUUAUGUCCGGCUCUGAAAGCUAUCUUCCAACACGGACUGAAGAAGCCGUCUAUACUGGGAGGACCUUGUCACCCGUGGCUGUUUGUGGAAGAGGCAGCCAGUAGGGAGGUGGAGAGGGACUUCAACUCAGUCUACUCCAGACUGGUGCUGUGUAAAACCUACAGGUUAGACGAGGAUGGAAAAGUACUGACGCCAGAGGAGCUGCUUUACAGAGCAGUGCAGUCGGUCAACAUGAGUCAUGAUGCAGCACACGCUCAGAUGGAUGUUAAGUUCAGAUCUCUUGUGUGCAUUGGCCUGAAUGAGCAGGUGCUGCACCUGUGGUUGGAGGUGCUGUGCUCCAGCAUGGCUGCUGUAGAAAAAUGGUAUCACCCGUGGUCCUUCCUCCGUAGUCCUGGAUGGGUGCAGAUCAAGUGUGAGCUCAGGGUUCUGUCAAAGUUUGCCUUCAGUCUGUCUCAAGAUUGUGAGCUGCCUGAAAAGAAAGCGGAGAAGGAGCAGAAGCCCCUGAAGGAAGGCGUGCAGGACAUGUUGGUGAAGCACCACCUCUUCAGCUGGGACAUCGACGGCUGAUCUUUGUUUCUUAUGGUCUCUAGCUGUUGUUUACAGCUCCCAUCGUGGACACUAAUCCCCCCCUCCGUCAGCCACUACUGACCCAAGCUGUGACUGGAACCAUCCUGACUGUUGGUACAGAAAGUGGGUCCAGUGUGGUGCAUACUUUAUUUUAUAUUAUCCUGUAAAUGAGAUGUCACUACUACAGAUGUGCUCAUCUGAAACAUUCCUGCUGUACAGAACAGGCUGUACGUCUACUUCCACGUAUUUCUGCCUUGUGCGCAGUCAGAGGUCGUCUCCCUAAAAACCAGAGAUUUUAAUAUUGUCCCGACCUGCUCAUGACUCUAAUGGAACAUUUCUAACCCUGAUGCUGUAAAGAGAAACUAUUUUUGAGAACGUUACUCAUCGCUCAGAAAUCCAUCAAACCUUUUAUGUCCGAUCUAAUUUAAUGUUGCACACGCCGGUUAAAGCCUUGACUCACCGUGAUGAAGAACUGCAUGCCUGCUACCGGCACUAGUGCUAGUGAAAACACACCUGUAAGAUGAAAUGUACACAAAGGAGUUGCUUUUGUGUUAGACCAGUACAUGUUACAUAAAAAACUAUCCAUACAUGGAA